GCGCGACUACAAGUCCCAUCCCGCCCCGCGCCCGCGCACGCCACGCCAGAGCAAGAUGGCCGACGCGGCGGCCGCGGCCGGGGCUGGCGGCUCCGGAACGAGAUCAGGAAGUAAACAGUCUACUAACCCUGCUGAUAACUACCAUCUGGCCCGGAGGAGAACACUGCAAGUGGUUGUGAGCUCCUUGCUCACAGAGGCAGGGUUUGAGAGCGCCGAAAAAGCAUCCGUGGAAACACUGACAGAGAUGCUGCAGAGCUACAUUUCAGAAAUUGGAAGGAGUGCCAAGUCUUACUGUGAGCACACAGCCAGGACUCAGCCCACACUGUCGGAUAUCGUGGUCACACUUGUUGAGAUGGGUUUCAAUGUGGACACUCUCCCAGCUUAUGCAAAACGGUCUCAGAGGAUGGUCAUCACUGCUCCUCCAGUGACCAAUCAGCCAGUGACCCCCAAGGCCCUCACUGCAGGGCAGAACCGACCCCACCCGCCACACAUCCCCAGCCAUUUUCCUGAGUUCCCCGAUCCCCACACCUACAUCAAAACUCCGACUUACCGCGAGCCCGUGUCGGACUACCAGGUCCUGCGGGAGAAGGCUGCAUCCCAGAGGCGCGAUGUGGAGCGGGCACUCACCCGCUUCAUGGCCAAGACAGGAGAGACCCAGAGUCUUUUCAAAGAUGAUGUCAGCACAUUUCCAUUGAUUGCUGCCAGACCUUUCAGCAUCCCCUACCUGACAGCUCUUCUUCCGUCUGAGCUGGAGAUGCAACAAAUGGAAGAGACGGAUUCCUCGGAGCAGGAUGAGCAGACAGACACAGAGAAUCUCACUCUUCACAUCAGCACGAAUUAGGGCUGGGAGCCCGUGGCUUUAAAUAAACCAGAGGAACUUGUGAUUCUACACUUCUGUUUUGGACUCAGUUAAUUUGGCCUGAGAUGUGGCGAUUGGGUCACGGACUAAGUUGAGGUUCACCUUAGGAGGAGGAAUCUUGUAAGCAGACGUCGCCACACCUUUGUAAGUACAGUGUAGUUAAAGGGCUUGCAGACAUGCUCCCCAGCAGUCCCUGUGGUGAGAAAGUGCCAGCAGCUACCUGAGGACUCCUGGGUACCAAGAGGCUGAGCCAGGGUCACAUAUAGCAAAGCCUAGAAAGCCUGACUCUUGAGGGUCAGACUGGCCUGGGUUCAAAUCCAGGCCAUGCCACUUGCCAGAUGCGUGGCUGGUUGCCUCACCCAGCAUCUGAAUCUGUUUCCUCACAAGUCCAAGUAGGAACAGGAACUCACACCCCAAGGGGAAGGGGGAGCCCGAGAUGCAACGAGCGCCUGGUGCGUGGCAGCUCCUGGCACAUGCCGCUCCCUCCCUGCUGUUUUGGGCGGUGUGAGCAUAUGCUCUUCCCUGAAAGAUAAAGACUUCAAGACAGAGAUUCUAGCAACAAUUUAUAUACAGUCACUUGGACUUGUUAGUUUGUUGGACUGAAAAAUACAAUCAUAUGUUUCAAAAUUCAGAAUGUGCAAAAAGAUAUAUAGUGACAGUUCUUCCCAUCCCCCUGUCCUCCUUUUUCUCUCCCUCAAAGCAACUGUCUUGCCAGUCUCUUGUGUGUCCUUCUAGAGACAUUUUUUAUUGUUGUUUUAAACACAACAGUGAGUCACGAAUGGUUCUCUCCUUGCUUUUACCUCCGAGGCUGUGUCUUGGCCAUGAUUCCAUCUCUGUAUGUGAGGAGCUUCUCCUGUCCUCACAGGGUCAUUGUGCCCCAUGGGAUGGAUCACGUUCAAUUUAUCUUGUCCCUGCAGACAUUUGGUUUGUUUUCUGUCUUUAGCAUUUACCAACAUUGUUACAGUGAAUUAAAUAACCAGUAGUUUAGAUUAGUUUCUCUAUAGAUGACAGUGCAUCUCUCAAGGACUUUGCUAGGUAGUACUUGGUUUAACCUAGCUCCAGUUUCCUCAUGUACCUGACAUGAAGGAACUAUUCAUUUUAAAUUAGUAUAUAAUAGAAUUUUUUUCUCAUAUAUUGGAACUAGCUGUCUUCUGCAGGCAAUCAAGAUGUCUAAACUUUUAUUCUUUUAUGAAAAAUGUACCAGUCAUUCACUCAACAAGUAUUGCUUCAGCACCUAGUAUAUGCCAGAUGCUCUUCUGGCUGCUUAGGGUAAAGCGGUGAGCAAAACCAAACCUCUGCCUUUUAGGACCCUAUGUUUGCCAGUGGAAGAACCACGAUAAACCCAAUAUGUAAAUAAGUCAUUAUAUAGUAUGUUAAAGAUGAAAGUGCUUUGGGAAAAAGGAAACCAGGGGAAGAUCCAGGGUGAGGAGGAGGCUCAGUGUUAAACAGGUGCGCAGGGUAGGAGCCACUGAGUGGAGACUUGAAGCAGGCGGAGGAGUGAGCCACACAGACACGUGGGGAAGAGUGUUCUGGCAGAGGACACGGCCAGUGCAAAGGCCCUGAGGAGCAGCACGUGGCUGUGGUGGAGGGAGGGAGGGUGGGUCAGACCAGGUAGGGCCUUACAGGCCGUGUUAGGAGCUGGCUUUUAACUGAGUGAGAUGGGAGUUGUGGGAGGGUGAGGAGCAGAGGAGGAACAUUCCUGAACCUCUUAGAGCAUCACUCUGGUGGCCGUGGUGAGAAUGGACUGGAGAAGGGAGCUCAGGCAGGAAGCUGUGGCAGUAGUCUAGGUGAGAGGCAGGGUGGGCCCUACCAGGGUGGUCGCAGUGGAGGCAGUGGAAGUGGUCAGAAUCUGCCUGUAUUUUGAAGGUCAGGCCAAGAGGACAUCCUAACAAAUGGAGUAUGGGAUGUCAGUGAAAAAAAAGCAUGCCAGGUGUGGCGGCACAUGUGUAGUCCCAGCUACACCAGAGGCUAAGGCAGGAGGAUCACUGGAGCCCAGGAGUUCGAAGCUGCAGUGCGCUGUGAUCGCACCUGUGAAUAGCCACUGCGCUCCCGCUUGUACAAUGUAAUGAGGCCCUGUCUGUAAGAAGAGCAAGGAUGACUACAGAGUGUACGGCUUGAACCACUGGAAGGAUGGAGUUGCCAUCACCUGUGACAAGGAGGACUGUGGGAAGAGCUGUUUAUGCCCAGGGGAAGGUCCCAAAUUCAGGGUUUUUUAUUUACUUAUUUAUUUUUUUGUAGAGAUAAGGUCUUGCUAUGUUGCUCAGGCUGGUCUCGAAUUCCUGGCCUUAAGUGAUCCUCCUACCUCAGUCUCCCAAAGUGCUGAGAUUGCAGACAUGAGCCCCUGUGCCCGGGCUCCCAUUCAGUUUUAGAUACAUUUUAAGUUUUAGGUGCCUACCUGAUACCUAAGCGUAGCUGCCAAGUGAGCAGUUGGCUGUAUGAGCUGGAGCUUGGGAGAGUGGAGAGGACUACAGAUGUACUUGGGGGCGUUGUUGGCGUGGAAAUGGCAUUGAAUGCUGAGAUGCAGUCACCCAGGGGGUGGUGUUUGCUAGAGCUCAAAGGCAAUUUGAGGAGUUCUUUUUUUUUUUUUUUUUUUCUUGUUUACAAGCAAUGUCUAAGCAAGGAUUUUUGAGGAGUUCUGACAGGUGAUUCUGUUCCUGCCUUUUUUUUGAACAAAUCUCUGGGUCAGUUUACUGUCACCUACUUCCCAUACCCCUGCCCAUUUCAAGGCUGAAGGGGUGAGAAAGUGGCAUUUCCACAAGCUCUACUUGGGAGGAGAGAGGCCUGUCCUGCUCUUGUGAGCCAUAGUGAGCCCAGUGGAGGCAGCCUCUGCACCCUCCAGCAGUGCCCCAGGGCUGGCUUUCUCCUCUGACGCUGUCACCUCUGUCUGUGU